GUGGUGAUGGAAGUAAACAGUGAAUUUAUUGUUGAGGUGAAGGAAUUUGACAUUGAAAAUGGCACUACAAAAUGGCAAACAGUCAGAAGACAAAAGCGGGAGUGGAUCAAGUUUGCCGCAGCCUGUCGAGAAGGAGAGGACAACUCGAAGAGGAACCCCAUUGCCAAAAUUCGAUCAGACUGCGAAUUGAACCAGAAGAUAACAUACCGAAUUUCUGGGGUAGGGAUUGAUCGACCACCAUAUGGGGUAUUCACCAUUAAUCCUCGCACUGGGGAAAUUAACAUCACUUCAGUGGUAGACAGAGAAAUAACUCCACUUUUCUUGAUCUAUUGCCGGGCUCUGAAUUCACGGGGUGAAGAUUUAGAAAGGCCUCUUGAGCUUAGAGUCAAAGUUAUGGACAUAAAUGAUAACGCUCCAGUCUUUUCGCAAAGUGUAUACACAGCCAGUAUUGAAGAAAAUAGUGAUGCCAAUACAUUGGUAGUAAAGUUAUGUGCCACAGAUGCAGAUGAAGAAAAUCAUCUGAAUUCUAAAAUUGCCUACAAGAUCGUCUCUCAGGAGCCGUCAGGUGCACCCAUGUUCAUUCUGAAUAGGUACACUGGAGAAGUCUGCACCAUGUCCAGUUUCUUGGACAGAGAGCAACACAGUAUGUACAACCUGGUUGUGAGAGGCUCAGAUCGGGAUGGAGCUGCAGAUGGACUGUCUUCUGAAUGUGACUGUAGAAUCAAGGUUUUAGACGUCAACGAUAAUUUCCCCACCUUAGAGAAAACUUCAUACUCAGCCAGUAUUGAAGAGAAUUGUUUAAGUUCGGAACUGAUACGAUUACAAGCAAUUGAUCUUGAUGAAGAAGGCACUGAUAAUUGGUUGGCUCAAUAUUUAAUUCUCUCUGGAAAUGAUGGGAAUUGGUUCGAUAUUCAAACAGACCCACAAACCAAUGAAGGCAUUUUGAAAGUUGUCAAGAUGCUGGAUUAUGAACAAGCACCUAAUAUUCAGCUUAGUAUCGGAGUUAAAAACCAAGCUGAUUUUCACUACUCCGUUGCUUCUCAAUUCCAAAUGCACCCAACCCCUGUGAGAAUUAAAGUUGUUAAUGUGAGAGAAGGACCUGCAUUUCAUCCAAGUACUAUGGCUUUUAGUGUGCGGGAAGGAAUAAAAGGAAGUUCCUUAUUGAAUUAUGUGCUUGGCACAUAUACAGCCUUAGAUUUGGACACAGGAAACCCUGCAACAGAUGUCAGAUAUAUCAUAGGGCAUGAUGCAGGCAGCUGGUUAAAAAUUGAUUCAAGAACUGGUGAGAUACAAUUUUCUAGAGAAUUUGAUAAGAAGUCAAAAUAUAUUAUCAAUGGGAUAUACACAGCAGAGAUCCUGGCUAUAGAUGAUGGCUCUGGAAAAACAGCUACAGGAACCAUAUGUAUUGAGGUUCCUGAUAUCAAUGAUUAUUGUCCAAACAUUUUUCCUGAAAGAAGAACCAUCUGCAUUGACUCUCCAUCAGUCCUUAUCUCUGUUAAUGAACAUUCUUAUGGGUCUCCGUUUACUUUCUGUGUUGUUGAUGAGCCACCAGGAACAGCUGACAUGUGGGAUGUCAGAUCAACAAAUGCUACCUCGGCAAUCCUUACGGCUAAGCAGGUUUUAUCUCCAGGAUUUUAUGAAAUCCCAAUCCUGGUGAAGGACAGCUAUAACAGAGCAUGUGAAUUGGCACAAAUGGUGCAGUUAUAUGCCUGUGAUUGCGAUGACAACCACAUGUGCCUGGACUCUGGUGCCGUGGGCAUCUACACAGAGGACAUAACUGGUGACACGUAUGGGCCUGUCACUGAAGACCAAGCUGGAGUUUCAAAUGUUGGUCUUGGACCAGCAGGGAUUGGCAUGAUGGUUCUGGGCAUCCUGCUACUGCUUUUGGCUCCACUCUUGCUGCUCCUGUGUUGCUGCAAACAGAGACAGCCAGAAGGCCUGGGAACAAGAUUUGCUCCUGUGCCUGAGGGCGGAGAAGGAGUGAUGCAGUCUUGGAGAAUUGAAGGGGCCCAUCCCGAGGACAGGGAUGUGUCAAAUAUAUGUGCACCCAUGACAGCCUCAAAUACCCAGGAUCGGAUGGAUUCCUCUGAAAUCUACACCAACACCUAUGCAGCCGGGGGCACGGUGGAAGGAGGUGUAUCGGGAGUGGAGCUCAACACAGGUAUGGGGACAGCCGUUGGCCUCAUGGCCACAGGGGCCGCAGGGGCCGCGGGAGCCACAGGAACCUCAGGGGCCGCAAGGAAGAGGAGCUCUACCAUGGGAACCCUGCGGGACUACGCUGACGCAGACAUCAACAUGGCUUUCUUGGACAGCUACUUCUGGGAGAAAGCGUAUGCUUAUGCAGAUGAAGAUGAAGGUCGACCAGCCAAUGACUGCUUGCUCAUUUAUGACCACGAGGGAGUCGGGUCUCCCGUAGGCUCUAUUGGUUGUUGCAGUUGGAUUGUGGAUGACUUAGAUGAAAGCUGCAUGGAAACUUUAGAUCCAAAAUUUAGGACUCUUGCUGAGAUCUGCUUAAACACAGAAAUUGAACCAUUUCCUUCACACCAGGCUUGUAUACCAAUCAGUACUGACCUCCCUUUGCUCGGACCUAAUUACUUUGUUAAUGAAUCUUCAGGAUUGACUCCCUCAGAAGUUGAAUUCCAAGAAGAAAUGGCAGCAUCUGAACCCGUGGUCCAUGGGGAUAUUAUUGUGACUGAGACUUACGGAAAUGCUGAUCAAUGUGUGCAACCCACUACAAUUAUUUUUGAUCCUCAGCUUGCACCCAAUGUUGUAGUAGCCGAAGCAGUAAUGGCACCUGUCUAUGAUAUUCAAGGGAAUAUUUGUGUACCUGCUGAGUUAGCAGAUUACAACAAUGUAAUCUAUGCUGAGAGAGUACUGGCUAGUCCUGGUGUGCCUGACAUGAGCAAUAGUAGCACGACUGAUGGUUGUAUGGGACCUGUGAUGAGCGGCAAUAUUUUAGUAGGGCCAGAAAUUCAAGUGAUGCAAAUGAUGAGUCCAGACCUUCCCAUAAGCCAAACCGUCGGCUCCACAUCCCCAAUGACAUCUCGACACAGAGUAACACGAUACAGUAACAUACAUUACACCCAACAGUAAGUGCUUUAUGGUCAGUAUUCUAUGUGGAGACCUUGCACCUUGUAAUCACCAAUACAUCCACCAAAAAUAUAUAAUGUACCAUAUAUAUUAAUAGUCAACAAAUACUCAGAUAUUCUAAGGUCAAUGCCAUUAUUUGAUUAUACCAUUUUGAGGGUGAAUAUGGCUAGGCACUUUAGAUAAGCCUUUUUAAAAUUCUUUCUGAUUUUAAAUAAUGUGUCAAAAAAUGUGCAGAAAAUGUAUUGCAUCCCUUGAUACUAUCUAAUGAAUAGCACAUAACUCACAUUGUGAAUCCUAUGGGUCUUGAGGCCUGUAGAACCAAUCUUGUAAACCAAGAUGCCUUGUUCUUGGAAGUUACAAAAGAAGCCCUGUCUACAUCCACCAGCCAUAUUUUUCGUUAGGGAAAUAUUUAUAUUAAAAUUUUUAAUUGAAAAGUUGAAUGAAAUGUACAUUCUGAAAGGAAAUUGAAAAGGAACGUAGAGUAUCUGUCAAUAUCUUUAGAUAUCUGAAGUCAUUUUUCUCUUCAAAAGAUUUUUCAAUAUUAUGCGCUAUUAAGCAAUAGGGGAUGCUUAAUAUAAUAAGAAAAGAGUUUGCCAACUGAAAGCAUCGCUGGAAAUGGUUCAUCAAAGAAAAAUAUAUAUUUUUAUUAAACUUUAUUGAUUUAUAUGAUUAACUGUAAAUUAAUCUAGAAUAGCAAAAAAAUGACAAUCCUAAAGUAGAAAGAGUUAUUGGGGAAAUAUUAGAGUUUUCCCCACUUACAGGGAAUUUUUUCCCUACUGUUGCCAAUUAUGUCAGAAAAAUACAUGAAAUAUGGCUUAACCAAUUUCAUUGACCUGAAUCACAGAGCUUUCAACUGGCAACCAGAUAUUCUCCAAAAGCACUCUGUAGUUAUUCAUAUAUUCAACAAUAUUUACUUAGAAGCAACUAGGUGUUGAGUGCUAGUCUUGGCUCUGUGAAUAUACAGGUAAAGAAGACAGACAUGGUUUCUGCCUUCAUAGAGCUUCUAUUCAUUUCUAGACUUAAAAUAAAACUCUGGGAUAUGGCUUUAAGUUCCUAACAACAAUAAUUAACCAACUAUUUAAGUCCAUUACCGAGUUGUGUUUCUCUUUGCAACACUACUGUUUAUGUUGAAUAAAUAAAAUGGAAACACAUUGCUUACUUUUAGUAGGCAUAAAGCUGACUUGAGAAAAGGAAACUCUAGCCAGGUAAUUUUACUUAAUUCUGUAAAAUAUGUAUACAGUAGCAGCAAUAAUGUGACUGAGAUAAUGUAAAUGAAAUAAACUUAUUUUCAAGGCUUAAUCCUUUUGAAAGGAAAUAAUUGUAGUGUUUCUUGCCUGUCUUUUGCUCCUUUAUGAAUAAAACUAUUGUAGAAUUUAAGUCAUCUCAGAUAACCUCUUACCUAGUUCUCUCAUUUUCUAGACAACGAAUCUAGAAAUAGAGAGGUUAAAUGACCACAACCAGCUAGUUGUGGUACAAAGCCUUGAACCCAUUGUUCAGAUACGCUAGCCAGUAUGUUUUUUAUACUAUAACUUCACCAGAUAUGAAGAGGAUCCAAACCUGCCUGUUGCAUACUCUUUGCUAUUCCCUAAUUGGAAGAAAAACUAUCUCUCAAAAAAUUAAGUUUUAUGAAGUGUAAGCACAGACCAGCUAAAACAUUGUAAUGCUAGAAAGUUAUUUACAUAUUUCCUAAUAUUUUCCAAAUUAUGUGUACUACCAGCUGCUACAUCCAUUUCUCACUUUAGUAAAUUUUACUACUCUAUAAUUGAUGAAAUCCAUGGGAUAGCUAAGGAGCACUGGUCCCAUGGUGAUUAAACACUCAAGCAACAACCAGCACAUAGCAUCUGGCACACACUCCGUUCUGUGGCAAAUCCUGACAUGGAUAUUUCUCGCUUAAAGUUUGCAUUGGAUGGCUUUUGUUAAGUCAAAAACUAACAUGUUGGUGAGACUGCAGAGAAAAGGGGACACUAAUACAAUGUUGGUGGGAAUGCAAAUUAGUCUAGCUACUGUGGAAAAUAGUUUGGAGAAUUCUCAAGGAACUGGGAGUUGAAUAGCCAUUUGACCUAGCAAUCCCAUUACUGGGUAUAAACCCAAAGAAAAAUAAACUGUUCUACCAACAGGACACGUGUACCCAUGUGUUCACUGCAGUGCUAUUCACAAUAGCAAAAACAUGGAAUCAAUCCAGGUGCCCAUCGACAGUGGACUGGACAAAGAAAAUGCGGUACAGAUACACCAUGGACUACUAUGCAGCCAUAAAAAAGAAUGAAGAAUGAAGAAUGAAAUCACGUCCUUUGCAGCAACAUGGAUGCAGCUGAAGGCCAUUAUGCUGAGCAAAUUAAUGCAGGAACAGAAAACCAAAUACCUUAUGUUCUCACUUAUAAGUGGGAGCAAAACAUUGGGUUCACAUGGACAUAAAGAUGGAAAUAAUAGACACUGGGGGCUAUUAGGGGAAGGAGAGAAGGAGAAGGGCAAGGGCUGAAAAACUGUCUAUUGGGUACUACGCUCACUACCUGAGUGACGAGUUCGGUCAUACCUCAAACCUCAGCAUCAUGUGAUAUAGCUUUGUAACAAACCUGCGCAUGUAUUCCUUGAUUCUAAAAUAAAAGUUGAA